AUGUCGGAAGAGAACAUCAGCUUGUACGACUUGUUAAACUUGUCAAUCGCAACGCGCCAGAAGGGCUGUGUGAAUUUCACCGCUCUUCACGCGCUGCUCCUCGCUGUUCUGAAACAGCUGGAUAUCCGGGAGGUGACGACCCGAUGGAGAGACUCCGAGUCCGAUGACAGAGCGCCUGAUACCUUGGUGGAUGUUGGCUCUCAGGACCUGAAGCUGCAGGAUGAGGACGAGAAGAACCAGCAUGUUCGGUCCGGGAUCGAGCUGCUGGAUGGUGGAGGCUCUGCUGGAUCUCUGACCUCCGCCUCCGGGUCUGCUGCAGAUGAACAGAGAAGGAUCCAGACUUGCGAGGACGGCGUGUCUGAGAUGAUGGAUGCUCAGGUGGAGAUGAUGGCAGCGGUGGAGAAGUGCUGCCACCGUGUGGAUGCUCUGGAGGAAGCUGUGAGUUUUCUGAGGACCAUGUUUCAGAGGUAUCCAGACCCAGAGGAGCUGAAUCUGAUCAUAGAGUCAGCAUCGUUGAGUGAGAGAGAAAACCUCCAAAAGACACCUGUAAAAUCCGGUGUUUCUGACGGGGCCAUGAUGACCAAACCUACAUCACCUCCUGCUGGACCUCAUCCCACCAUCCCGUCCUCCCCCCGGCUCCCUUCUGAUCCCUCUCCUACACCAGCAGCUACUUGUUCUCCAACCCUUUCUGGAGAGAAUGUGGUCCCGCAGGAAGCAGUGGACGUCUCUGAGGCAUCUCCCACCCUGCCAGGGUUGCUUCCGCAGACUGAGGCUGGCUUGGCAGCCCCUGAUGUGGCCCCGUCUCAAAAGAGCAGCGGCUCAAAGCAUGACCCAGAGAUGAUGGAGGCCUUGAGGGACAUGGGCAAACUGCAGAUCAGGUUCAUGCAGCUUGAAGCUCGCAUCGUGGCGUUAGAGGAAAGAAAAGCAGACCAGACUCAGCUGACUCAGCUCCGAGAGCUCGUCGCCAACAAAGGUUCUCGGGAUGCUUCCAACAGCCUGAUGAAUCAGCUGAACCAGCAGGGGGCGUUAAUGGAGAGCUUCAAGAGGGACCAGGAGAAGCUGGACAAUUUGGAGGACAUGCUGAUGAGUCCGGACAGAGAGUCAGCCUCAGAGAGUGUGGAGACAGAUAGCAAAGUGUCUUGUCAGCUCAGACAGCAAGUGUCAUACCUCAGGACGUCUGUGCAUAAGCUGGAGGAAGACAUGAAGCAUCUGAGGAUGAAACAGGCUUUGUGUGAGGAGAGAGCUGCAGACCAACAUCUACAAGAUCAGCUGGAUGACCUGCGUGGCAUGUUAGAGGACAUGAUACUGUCCUUUACCUCGCAUCUGUCCAGCAGCCUCCAGCACGAGGCAGAGCAGGGCAGCAGUGAAAGCCAGGACCUCAGUCAGAGCUCACAGCGGUCAGCGUUCACUGCCAAGACGGUAAACAUUGGCAGGAAGCUCAGCCUUCUGGUCCAGCACUAUGAGAGCCUGCAGGAAACUGUGAACAGACUGGUGCAUCAGCAGAGUGGAGGCAGAGCAGGGAGACCACUGGAGGACAGAGAGACAAGCAGAAAUGUGGGGGUGCUCAAUCAUGUGCAGAAGGUGAUCCUGGAGCUUCAAGUGGAUUGUGAAAAGUUGCAUGAGACCACCAGGAGUUUGCAUGAGGACAACAAACAGAAGCAUGGACACAUCCAGGAGCUGUACAAGGUGAUGGAGGAGAUCGAGGGGAAGAAGGCUGACAGGGAAAUGGUGGAGAACAAGCUCAAAGCAGAUAAAUCUGAUCUGGACAGCAAAGUGAGUCGUCUGCAGUUCGACUCGGCGACGGAGCAGCUGAACGCCAUGUUCCACGAGCUGCUGAACAAGGUGACGGGCCAGGAGCAGGACUGGCACAAAGUCAUCAACAAGCUCUCCACCGAGAUGGAGUGUAAGUUGAACAGGAUCGAGUUGGACUCUCUGAAGAAGCAGCUGGAGGAUCGCUGGAGGAACAUCCACCAGAAGCUUCAGGCUCAGGGAGCACCAGAGCACGAGGAUGCCGCCGCCAUCAGGAAGCAGCUGGUGGAGAGAUUUUACUGCCUGUCAUGUGACCGACCGAUAGUGAAGCACGUCCCGGGACCACACGUGGUGACGCUGCCGUCCUCUCCUGCUUUUCCCUCCCACAAAUCCAUGAGGGCGUUUUCCAUCUAUGGAGGCAUGGAGCAUCUACGUCGGCACUACCGGAGGAUGAGAGCAGGAAGCAACUCAGGGAGCAAGAGGCAGUGGCAGAGGAGGAGUUACGCUGACAUGUGCAAGCAGUUAGAAAGCUUAGAGAUUCAGCGAUGGAACCAGAACCAGGACCAGCACCCAGCAGGAGUCGAGCACGAGCGCAUAUCUGAGCUGACGGACUACAGUCAGCUGGCGGUGCCACGGAGCUGCGGGGGGAAUCACACCACCACCUCCAGCAGUCAGAGACGCAGCGGCCUGCAGCAAACAAAGCUCCACUCCCAGCCUGAGGUGGACGGCGUGUUCCAGGAGGUUGACAUCAUCGGACUGGACGGCCAUAUUUACAAAGGUCGUGUGAACGUCCCGUCCAUCAAAAACACAGAAACCAAACUACCUACAAUCUCCUCCAAAGACACCAUGUCCAAGACAAAAGACAAGGCCAAGAGCUCCGCCUCCCACAGACCUGCUGCGUCUCUGGAGGUGGGACACAACACUCCCGUACUUCAUCACUCCCUCAGUGCCAAGAGCAUGCAGUGCAGCCGCUCAGCCUCUAGCUGCUCUGGCCGGGAUUGGCCAGUGUCGGCUCUGGGCUGCUACACGUCUCAGAGCUCCAUCACUCAGGCCUCAGCUGCAGCAGAGAGCGGAGCAGAUCCUCAGAGCGAUGAGCCGCUCAACCUGUAGAGAGCGCUGCUGAGCUAUGAGAACGUCAGGGUGUGUGAGGCCUUCUUCAUCAUUCUGAGGACUGAAACAAUCACGUCAUCCAGCUUCAGUUUGUUUUUCAUCUGUUUUCAGCCACUUCCAGUGUUGUUAUUAGUUAUAAUAACAAUGAAUAAACUUUGUUGACAAUGCAUUAA